AUGGUUCCGGAAUAUUCAACAGCGAGUUUCUCUGGAGAAGAUUUUUCGUUUGAAGAAUUCGACAUUGAUUUCGAGUUCGAUGCACCUCGUUUCUACGAUUUCUCUAGACCAGAGCUUGAUUCUGAGACAGAAGAAAUCGAAAUCUGGUUCCAAUCUUCUGGAAACUAUCCUUCUUCACCUUUUAGCCCAAAGUUCAAUUGGAAAUUUGAGCCUUUUGAGGAAAUUACAAGCACCAGCUCUGAAUCUAAACCUGUAGAGAUCUCGAACCCUGUCGUCAUCGAAUCAUCCGAUUCCGGUCUGAAUCAUCGCAUAGAUAAAUGCAACGGGUUCAUAUAUUAUAACCAAAAAGUUAAAGAUGUCCCCAAGACAAAACCAAAAUCUAAAACCAAACCAUGUAGCUCUACUUUGACAAGACCAACGGCUUCUUUGCUUGCAAGGCAGAACAAACCAUUACAAGACAAUUACUCUGUUCAACUUCUUACAAGAUGUCAGAGAUCAUUAGGAAAGAUUGGUGAUAACUUAUCUCCGAUCUUAGUCUCUAAGUUACAAAACAAAGACACCAAAAGACAAAAACAGGAAGCUAUGGUGGCUCAAGUUAAUACCAACGGAAGAUCUAAACUCACUGUUCCAAAGGAACCGAAUCUCAGAACUGCAGAAAGAUCUGAAAGACAUAGGUCUAAGGUUAACUCAGAAACAGAGCAGAAUGCGAAAUCAAGGAUUAAUUCAUCGAAAAGAAGCACAACGAACAAAAAUACUAAUGUGGAACCUUCUUCAACAUCUUUGCAUAAAAGUAAUGUUCCAUGGUCCAAAGUAUUUCAGGCAUUUCGUUUAAGAACAUCACUACGAGCAAAGGAACGGUCUUCAAAUACUAAAAUCGAUGCCAUACAAGCGAAUGAAGCUACAAACUCCAAAACGAUAAAUUCCUCAAAUAGUAGGAUAGUCAAAGAAAAACACAGCAUAAAGAUAAAUUCACAGAGAUCAAGCAAAGAAGAACUCGGUGAAGCAAUCAGCAAAAAAUAUGGAAAUCAAAGCUUUUGCAGGACGGACAUGAAACCAUUUCUUGAUAUUAAAAGGACCUUGGAUUUAUGCCGGAAUUUUGAUGCACAAGAAGUUGCAGGGAACCUAAUCAUUGCUUAA